CAGUAUCAUGGCCUCUGACCUGGAAAGCAGCCUCACUUCCAUAGACUGGCUCCCACAGCUUACUUUAAGGGCUACUAUUGAAAAAUUAGGGGGUUCCUCACAAGCAGGACCUCCAGGGGCUGCCCGAAAGUGUCCCCCAGGCUCACCGACAGAUCCUAAUGCCACCCUGAGUAAGGAUGAGGCAGCAGUGCACCAAGAUGGGAAGCCACGUUACAGCUAUGCCACUUUGAUCACAUAUGCCAUCAACUCAUCACCUGCCAAGAAGAUGACGCUUAGUGAGAUCUACCGUUGGAUCUGUGACUUUUACUACAAAAAUGCUGGUAUUGGUUGGAAGAACUCUAUUCGUCAUAACCUCUCUCUGAAUAAAUGUUUUCGGAAGGUGCCUCGACCGAGGGAUGAUCCUGGGAAGGGCUCUUAUUGGACAAUAGAUACGUGUCCAGAUAUAUCUCGCAAGAGGCGGCAUCCUCCAGAUGAUGACAUACCACAAGACUCCCCAGAGCAAGAGGCGAGUAAGAGCCCCCGAGGGGCUGUUCCAGUCAGCUCAGAAGCCUCUUUGCCACCUGAGGCCACCCCUCAGCUGUCACUCCAGAGCACCACCCCCAUUGCCAACUACAGUCAGCAGAGUGCGGGGCCUGUGGAUGUUGCCUCUACUGUAGCAGGGGGGCAGGGCCGUGAAGGGGCUGAUGUGCCACCCCCGCUGUACAGUGCCAACCAUGACUUCAAGUUCUCCUACUCUGAGAUCAACUUCCAGGAUCUUAGCUGGUCCUUCCGAAAUCUCUACAAAUCCAUGCUGGAGAAAUCAUCUUCCUCUCAGCACG